GACGUAGAGGUGACGUAGCACUAACGCCAAAACAGAGACAUGUUAAAGAUGGCGGCCAUGGCGCUUUUACACUAGUCCAGACGUCAGUCCGUUUCUCUAAUAACAGCAGAUGUGUGUGUGCUUCAGCUUCAGCUCGUGUUUUAUAAACACGCAGUGAGUGUAGUGACAGUAUAUUGACAGUAUAUUGGCAGAAUAGUGACAGAAUAGUGACAGAAUAGUGACAGAGUGCUAGCUCAGGCUAACGCUCAGGCUAACUCUGUGUCUGUCCCUGUGUCUGUCCCUGUGGACAUGGAGGGCAGCUCCAGCGUGAGGAGAGCUCUGUGCGGGACUCUGGGCUCCUCCUCGGUCACUACAGUCUCUCUACGGCCUCAACCAGAAGAACAGAACAACGAGAAACCGAAGAGGAAAGUGCUGGAGGAAGAAGACUACAUAGAGAAUUUAGAGAAAAUCAUUCAGCGAGACUUUUUCCCUGAUGUCACAAAGCUCCAAGCACAAAGGGAAUAUCUGGAGGCCGAGGAGAAUGGAGAUCUACAGAGAAUGAGGGACAUCUCCAUCAAAUAUGGAUCCUCCCUGACAAAAGCCACGCCACAGUCCACAGCUCCCUAUGUAACACCAGCCAGUUUUGAGACUCCGGUGGGUCUGCCAGGGUCUCCUGCUGCUGGUCACAGUAGGAAUGUGAUGAAUAAAGACACUAAAGAAGAUGAAGCCAUAGAAAAGGAACUGCCAACUCUGGAUCGUUUCCUCGCCAAAAACACCAGUGAAGAUAAUGCAUCUUUUGAACAGAUAAUGGAGCUGGCAAAAGACAAAGAGAAACUGAAGCAUGCCUGGUUAUAUGAAGCAGAGAGUGAGUUUAAACAGCGACAUGAAGAGAAUCUGGCUUUACCAGCUCCAGAGAAAGCGGCUCUGGAGUGUGUCAAAGCCGGACUGGAGACUUGGGAGUAUAAGGCCAAGAAUGCAUUAAUGUAUUAUCCAGAGGGAGUGCCAGAUGACACUGUCUUUAAGAAACCAAGAGAGGUUGUGCACAAGAAUACACGAUUUUCUGGAGAUCCUUUCAGCAAAGCUCUCAACAAAAGCCAGAUACAGCAGGCUGCAGCCCUCAAUGCUCAAUUUAAACAGGGUAAAGUUGGUCCUGAUGGAAAGGAGCUCAUACCUCAAGAAUCUCCCUCUGUAAAUGGGUAUGGCUACGUGGCUACGCCGUCACCGGCACCUGGUGUAGCUGAUUCUCCUCUUAUGACCUGGGGAGAGAUUGAGAGCACCCCAUUUCGACUGGAUGGCUCUGACUCACCGUAUAUAGAAAGGAACCACGGCCCAUCAUUUAAGAUCCCAGAACCAGGAAGACGAGAAAGACUUGGUUUGAAGAUGGCCAAUGAAGCAGCUGCCAAAAAUCGUGCAAAAAAACAGGAGGCAUUGAGGAAGGCCACACAGAACCUGGCGAGUCUUACACCAAAAGGUACGAGCCCCGCCCUCAGCCCCGCUUUACAAAGACUCGUCAAUCGGACUUCGAGUAAAUACACAGACAAAGCACUAAGAGCGAGUUAUACCCCUUCACCUUCCCACCGAAAUGUGGCCUGCAAGUCCCCGUUCACCGGCCCCGUAACCCCAUCAGGAACCCCCACGCCCAACAAGGCCAAGACUCCGAGUUCUCAGGACGUCACUUCUCUUACAGACAAUCUGCUACAGCUUCCCAAACGCAGGAAAGCGUCAGACUUUUUCUAAAGGGAACAAAACGCCAUAUUAAACACAUAAAUGCUGAGCAUACAGAGGAGAUAUGGGCUGUGCCGCUUGAUUUUCAUUUUGAAAAUGGAAAAUCUAAAAUCUGAUGACUUGUGUUUCCUGUUUCUUAAUCUCAAAACAAAAUUGAAAAUUGGGAAAUGAUUCAUUAUUUGUUUUUGGGUUUAAAACCUAAAUUGGAAAAAUUAAAACGAGUUAUUUUAAUUGUAAGCUGAAAUUUUGAUGUUUUCCUGAUGGAAGCCCCGUCGGUGCAGUGACUCAGCUGCACCGAGUGAAGCCAGUCCCCAGUCACAGACGCAGUGUGGCGUUCUGUCAGCCUCGAGCAGUGAUCGCACUUCCUCUGACUACUCGCCUUCAAGUAGGGCAACAGAAAGACAAUUCUGUUUUGUUUUGAGAUUUGGAAACGGGGAAACUGCAGUCCAAUUUUGGAUGUGCCAUUUCAAACCGAAAAUAACACACACCUGAUACAGACUCUUGUUCUUCAGUUAAAGUAUUGGUGUCUCAUUUCUGCAUUUUUGUUCUUUUUUUGUUCAUUUUAGAUGUGAGCCCUUCUAUGGGACUUUUGUUUCUUCAGUGAUCUUGUUCUAUUGAACAAAAAUAAUUAUCUAUGUAUUUUUAAAGAUUUUUCUUGCUGUAUUAGGCUAUAUCACUAAACAUAGUCCUGCCAACAUC